UUCUGUGCGUUCUCAUGAAAGAACGAUAAUCAAAUGUAAGGAGUUUGAGUGUAAAAUUAGAUUCUUAAUAGUCCCCUUUUCAGAAUUUUAUUUGCUAGAAAUAUAUUUUAGAAUGCUUGGUUCACAUCCCAUGAUGAGGAGAUGAUGGCAAAAUUGUUAAUGGGAACAAUAAUUCCCUUCUACACCACUUUGUUUACAACAUUUUUGGUGCUGGCUGCUAAAUCAGAAGAAGUUACUCAGACUGUGGACGCAUACUUUUCAUUUUGUGUCCAAACGGAAGAUUUUGACUAUGCCCAAGCUUUCAAUGGAUGGUGUUUGAUGGUUCACUUGGCAAUCCUUCUUCUGACCAGUGCAUAUGUUUGGUGGUACAUGAACACGGAAAAUGAACAAGGGUUUUUUGGCUUCUUUGAAUGUCCAUCGUUCAAGACUGUUACCAUUGGAAUACUUGCCAUUUUAGGGUUCAUGACAAUUUGGUUUCUUGGUCUUAUGGAUGAGGAUUCGGAAGAAACUCUACCACAUGUGUCACCACUUCUGCUCAUAGUACCAUUAGCAAUUCUCCUUAUAAACGUGAUCAAAGAGAAAGAGGUCACCGGUCCUUUCCUGACCAGCAAGCUGAUCAGGCUAAAGAAAAUGAUAUGCUGCAGAAGCUCGACUGUUGCUCCUUUAAAUCAGCCGGCAGAUGUCUCUAUCAUUGAACUCAACCCCCGCAAUUUUGGGCCACAAAUUGGAUCAAAUAGAAUCAUUGAUGACGGAGGCAUUUAUGUUGGUCCAUCAAGUUCAACCAGUCUACCAGUGGUCUCUGUUGUUUAAAUCCUAAGUUCAACAUUUUAGAUUUAUAUAUUUUACUCAAUAUUUGACUUUUGCAAAGAUAUCUAUCAAUUAAAGGAUUUACAAGUAUUGAA